GGUUGUUUGGGAGUGUAGUUUUGCUACUUUGUAUUCGGCUAUUUACGAUUGAAUAAUAAAAGAAAGAAGGACUAAUAUGCUUUUAAAUUUUAAUAGUGGUGUGUGAACUUCGAACAGUAAUAUUAUCACAAUGGAAAGUUACGUAGUUAUAUCCUUUAUAGGCGAAGGUUCGUUUGGACGUGUUUUUAAAGCAAAACAUAAAGAGACCGACGCUGUAGUAGCUUUAAAAGUUAUAAGAAAGAAAGGGCGCUCUGUAAAGGAUUUGAAAAACUUAAGACAAGAAUGUGACAUACAAAGACAAUUAAAACAUCCGAAUAUAAUUCGUAUGAUUGAUAGUUUCGACACGGAGUCGGAGUUGGUAGUGGUCACAGAGUAUGCCGAGAAAGAGUUACACAGUAUACUGGCGAAAGAAGGUUGCCUAAAUGAGGAUCAAGUUAAGAAAAUCACUUGGGACUUGGUCUCUGCCUUGUACUACUUGCAUUCACAUAGAGUGCUGCACAGAGAUUUAAAACCACAAAACGUAUUACUUGACAGUUCAGGAUGUGCAAAAUUGUGUGAUUUUGGCCUCGCUAGAAUUAUGACCAAUGCAACACAUAUUUUAACAUCUAUUAAGGGGACUCCAUUGUAUAUGGCACCAGAAUUGAUUGAAGAAAAACCUUAUGAUCAUCAGGCAGACCUCUGGUCACUCGGCUGUAUAGUGUAUGAGCUGAUUGCAGGCCAGCCACCAUUCUGUACUAUGUCAAUAUGGCAACUUGUGCGGAUGAUCAGACACAAGCCAGUGCAGUGGCCUAGCUUUAUCACUACUGAUGCUAGAUCUUUUCUACAGGGUUUGUUACACAAAGAUCCCAUGAAAAGAAUGACUUGGCCAGAGAUUUUAGAACAUCCAUUCAUCCGUGGUCAUGUGACUAUACUACCAGAAGAUGUGCAAAGUGAAUCACCAUUUACAAAACCUUUGACCCACAGUCAGCAAGAAGCUAAGCAGUUACAAAGGGAUAAAAUAAGUGGUCAUGCUAGAACCAUCCCAGAACCUAAACCAGAAACAAAAGAACACGAUUUGCGUAACGUACGAGUGAUGCAGGCAAUGGAAUGUGUUCCUAUGUCGGAUGACGACAGCGUCAGAGCCACCAGCGCGUUCAGUGUGCGAGACAGCCUCAAAACUGAUGACGAAGACCAAUCCCACCCAAUUACAGCGGCAAACGCUAAACUACUCCGCCACGAGUACAACGUUAUGAACAAUUCUAAUCUCGUAGUGUGUAACUUAGAAAACAAUAUGGCCCAACUAAUGGCAGCAAACAAAAAACAUUCAGAUCUCAGUAAAAUGGACAAAAUAGAUGAAGAAAAACAUGCAGAAGACAAAAAAAGACUAAGCACCAGUGAGAAUAAACAAGAAAUAUUGGAGAUAAAACAAAAAGCGAAGUCAGUAGACACGGCAUCACACAGUUUGGAGAAUCCUAAAAGUUCGACAAAGUGUAGCAGUGAUGUUAGUUCUGGUCUCAGCAAGAGUGUCCCACCGUCUUACAAACAGAAGAUACUACAAUUCUCACGUGACCACCUCAGAUUCGGUAGUGGGGGGAACAAGUUGACUCGAAGUAUCAAGAGAUCCUUCCAUUUUAGUAGGAGUUGGGAUAAAAAUAAAAAUGACAACCAGAGGCGAACAAGCGAGCCAACAAUUGAAGUGCCGAGUCUUAUGGAUGAUAAGGAAAGGUGCUCGAAGGAGGAAAAGGAUGAAGACGAUGAGAAAUCUGAAGUCAUUGAGGAAACUUCUGACGAUAAAGACAUUGCUAACAAUGAUAGAAUGAUUAGAUCUGAAGACAAAAGUGACGUUAAAGAACCGUCUUCUGUGGAGUUAGAAGAAUGGGAAGCUUUCCUUAAUUCAAAUAUAAGUGAAGUUAUGGAUGGCGAUGUAGAAUCUCUUACUCAACUUAAUAUGGUGAGCAUGGUGGUGGGCGUGGUGGGCAGCGCGGCGCGCGUGGGCGGCGGCGCGCGCGUGUGCGGCGCCGUGGCCGCGCUGCUGGCGCUGCCCGCGCUGGCCGCCGCGCUGCCGCGACACACGCUGCUCAACAUACAGGACGUGUAUCUAGAAGCGAAAGUGGUUUACAACUUCGUAGCUGCCAUAAAUACUUUGAUGAAAGACAGCAAAGACAACGAUGAUGGUGCUCAAGAUAGGUUACAAGGCGUGGGCCGUAUGCUGGAAGUAUGUGCGUGGCUCUGCGUGCGCUCGUGUAGGGGAGUGCGUCAGUUCGCCGCGGCGCUCAGCGCGUACAACGCCACCCCUGUGUUUACCAGACUUCUUGUUAACUAUGCAAAAUCUCCGAGAAUAGUGUUGAAUAUUAUUGGCUUGCUCAUAACUGUAUUACAAGAUUUGCCGGAACACGCUGACGUCGUCGAGAAAAUACUCUUUGAAGAUCGCACGUUUAAUUUCAUGUGUCUUUUGGAACAACCGAGCGAUGCGUUGCGAAUGAGAGUUUGUAUACUUAUUAGUUUAUUGUGCACGUUUUCUUGUACUGCGUUUUCUUCGGCGAUGGAGUUGAAGUGGAGUAAGAAGGAUUCUGAGAGUGUGGAAGCGUUGCACACUCAUUGCAAUGUUGCUCUGAAUAGGGCAGCGCGGCUCGCUACUAAGGAACUCAGUAAUAUGCCUUUUUAUGUUAGCUAGUAGCAUCUGAACUAUAAUAAGAUACGUCAGCGUAUAGCAGACACCGAUUUUUUAUUUUUCAUUUUUUGUUCUUAAUUGGCCUUUAAAAAAAAAAACGUUUCUAAAUUCUAUUUGUGCGGAAGCCUGUGUCGCUCGCGCACUUAAUUUUUUAUCCAACUAUAUUCCCUGGUAAUUAAAAUAAUUUAAAAGUGGUCCCUGAUUACGAAUACGCUUGGGCACCCCUGCAAUACGUGAUAGUUUAUUGUGCAAGUGUCAAGUUGCGGCGAUUGACAUGUUCAUGUUUACUUCACAAGGGCACGGGAGUAGCGCCUGAUUAAGGUUUAUAUAUAUAUAGAGCUUUGUUUGUCCAGGUAUGAGCAUUGUUAUAUUGUAAUUAUUUCUAGAAAAUAGAUUUACUAAUGCUUUCUUGGUAGCUGCUCAUAUUUUUUUACUGAUCUUAAUAGUUAUAAGCAGAAGUUAACUUUACACAGACAAAAUAAUGUUAUGAUGACGUACUUUUUCUUACGUCUAAUAAAACUUUAGGAACGAUUCAAGGGGAAGCGACUUAAAGCAAUAAUAAGAAUAAUAUCCGUUACAAAUAUUUGAAAUAAUAUUUAGUCCUCUUGAAUUUGAAUCUCAUAUAAUACAAGCAAGUAUCCCAAGUUCCAAAAUAGGUCCUAGCACAACGAUUAUAACACAAUAAAUAGAUUUUAAUUCAAUAUUUAGGGACCCUUAUUUAAAAAAAAAAUGUAAUUAGGUAUCUCGUAUAUGUACUCUCUUAUCAAUAACAUUUUCCGUAGACAAUAUUAAUGAGUACAUUCAAUUGAUCGAUCGGAAAGCCGAGUGUGUGUAACCACACCAAAACUACAGUUUGCGUCGUGCAAGUUCGAUCCUUGCAUAGGACAAGCAUUUUCGUGUCCACGACUACUCGUUCCGAUUCAAGGUGUCUUGGCGUGUGAUUUGGAAUUUUCAGAAACUCAAAAUGGGGAUGUGUCAAUGUGGGAGUCGUUUCUAAUAAAAUUAAAAGUAAGAGAAAAAUAAGUAUUUCGGUACUCACGGCAUCCGCACUUCCGUCGUCUGCAGUUAAUAAUUUAUUGUAAUUCUAAGUAACUAAGUAGAAAUUCAUGUACAGAGGUGUAACCUAUGUUUCAUUGGUGCAAAUUUAGCAAAUUGUCUAGUGGUUUAGGGACAAUUAUUUACCUUACGGUGAAGCUAAAGCAUUCUUUUAGCUUCUUGCACGCGUACGUGUCUCCAAAUAAAAUCCUUUUUUAAGCUGAAUAGAGCUAAAUAGCGUGUGAAGAAAAGAGACAAAAGAUAGUGCAGUAUUCUAGAACGCCAAAUUUGAUUCGCAAUGAUAAAACCACUUCUUUAUCGUAUUUAUUUGAUAGUACUUGAGUACUGUAAUGAGGAUUAAAAAUAAAAUGCAUACCACGAGUGUAAUUAGCCUUGAACCGAAUAUUAUCGUAUGAAAUUAUAAAAACAAAUCAACCAUUCACAAGGUUAGAUAACUUUAUCUUUAUAGUUAUGACAAAUGUCGAAUUUUAAGGAGGUUUUAUUCGUCUUCGAAAAUGUUAAAAAAUUCGAUUAUAUUUUUGUUGUACUUUUCCCGAUUAAGAACCGACUUUUUAUUAAUUUAAUUCCCUAGACGCACACGAGCCGUGUAGAACCUCUUUCUACACGGCUCGUGUGCGUGAAAAAAAAGGGUGAGAAAAAAAAUAUAACUACUUUAAUUUUCUUUUUUAUACUGGCAUAACUGAGUUGCUGCAAUACUAAAAAAUAAGAACAAUUAACGAGUGUUACAGAUUCAGAGCAUCCUCACCUUAUAUUGACGCAGAUGUGGGAACGUGACAGCGCAAUACACAGCGUAUAGCGGCAUCUCUUUUCCACAACUGCAGUAAUAUCUCUUCAAACCGUGGCUUCAGCCCCACAGACAUAAUAAACAGUAAAUCUGAAUCAAUGCGUUUUCAUGAUAUACGUAUCGUCUCGACUUGUAAACAGCUCUAAAAAUAAUUCGCCUCAAAACGACUCAACAGAAUUUAAACUCAAAAAAUAAACUGUGAUUUUAAAAUGCAAGAAAAGACUGUAAUUAUUGUGUUUACAUUUGUAAGUAUUUAAUUGGUUGUUCCAGUUUAUAGUGAAGAUAAAGAUCAUUUUAAUAUUGUAUAUUUAAGUAAAUUUAUUAUCUUGAAAUGUAAUUGCACGUUAGGCCUAGUCCACACUGCUGAGCGACUACGUAUGCGUUUCGUUUUGAUCCGUUUUUGAAAUAAAGAUUUAAAUAGCACGUAGCAUUGUUGCACAAAGUACACGUAAUAGUGUAUCUUGCGACAUGUUUCUGUGUAUAUUUCAUAAUUAAAUUUAAACAUUAUUUAUUUAAAAUACUUAAUGUAAGUACAUGUUUCUGACAUGAUCUUGUUAGAAUAUAUAAGAAAAUCGAGACCUAUUUGAGAUAAAUCUGCUCAGUUGAAUAAAAGUUAAAGCGACGUAUUUUAUUUUAGUUAUUUUAUUGUUCACUUUUUAAAUUCGCUUUGCAGUGUGGAGCUGGUCUUACCUCCGUUUCUGAAAGGCAACAUUAAAAAUAUUAAUAAUUAAUCAAUUACAACCAGGUGUUGGUUCUUAUUAUAUUAUUAAAGAAAUCAUAAACAAAUAAAUUACAUUCGAUUUGACAAUAAAUUAAGUAAGUCGUGAUAUUAAGUAUUGAAAUAGGUAACUAAACUGACGAUAUUAUACUCUUGCGAUGAUAUGCUCUGGCUAACUGCAAAACUGUAAAACAUAGCGAGGAUAUGGAAUGCCCAUUGGAGUUUGUUUCGUAUAUACGCACACUAGGUAUGUGCAAGUGAUCUUGAGACUAGCCUAGGCAGAAGAAAGGGGCUAAUGUGUUCUUACAGUACGACACCUAUAUAAGACCGAUGAUCAUUUUAAUUAUUGCCAUAGCAACAGAAAUACAUCAUCACUAAAAAAAUCAACUCUAUCACCGUUUACUAGAGAGUUCACGAGCAAUAGGAUUACGUGUUUACCCUAAAAACUAAAAAGCUCCUGUCGAUUAGAUAUUUUCAUUAAAUUUUUGGCGUUAUCGGCGCAUAAUGAGUUUAUGAUUAUAAGGUCCAUUUGGUCUUCAAAUAGUCAGACUUGUACGAUCAUCCGGUAUUACAUAUUAUAUGCUACAGUUUUUAUUUACACAAAAGCCAUAUGAUGUUGCCUGUUAGAAACAGGGUUUAGCUUUAAAGACGCGCAUUGAUACGUUAUUGGUAAUUGCAGAGCUUUGUAACGUGCUAAGCAUAAAACAAGUAUAUGACAAUACCAUAUGUCCUAGAGACAUUAUUCUCAUCCAGUAAUGUGUAAUAUGCUAAUACCAGUAGCGAUGAUCUCAAACUAUAGGUACUUGGCCUUCGUUUAUGUAAAUUAUUUCUGACAGUCCACAAGCGAUGUGCUAUAAGUAACUCAAUACCUAAAUAUAUCGAUUGUUUCUUGAUAUCAAUCCGCGUCUUAUUUUUAUAUCAAUUCACUUAUAAAUUAUGAAUACUUAAUUGUAUUUUUAUCGAGAUUGAGAUCGGCAGCUGUUCAAGCAAUUAGUCCAAAACGGAUUGCUUGACUUAAUUGCAUUAAAUGCGAAUAUUAUUUUUAAUUGUUCGAUGUAGUGCCAUGUUAUUACGAUUUAAAAGUAUGUAUUUUUUAAAUAAAUUCCUACAUAUUUUACUAGAUGUUUCAUUUCUGUUUAUUUACGUUGCAAUAAUAUGUUUAUCAUGAGAAAUUGCAACGUUUAUAUCCUAUCGGUAAUUAGAUACUACCUUCCUUAAGUGUUAAUGAACUCGGCGGUCGAAUGCAAUUAUUUAUAAACACUAAUGCAAACAAAUAUUUAUCGGGUGUUGGCUUAGUGCACUCGCACCAAGAUCAAAGCCCCGGGCGCCAGUCGUGCUACGAUCGUUUGUUUAGAUCGUGCACUUUAUGGCAGGUUACAUAAGGGAGGUGAUCGGCCGGCCUCGCGCCGGUACACGCGUGCAUUCACCGAACAAGCACGAUCAAAUUGAACUAAUAUGCAUUUUGUAUAUCAAUCGGUGUAUCGACCGCCACGCAAUUUUCAAGAUGUCGUCUGCGGCAACGUUAACAUACAUGCCAAAGUCCAACUAAUUAAAUGCGUCAGCACUUACCAAAACGAACGCUGAUGAGUUUGCAUUUCCGUAUUGUUCUUGAACGCUAAAGUACAGCACAUCCAUACAGAACGCUAUAAAGCACUUACCUAAUCAAGAAUUGUCUUAGGUCUACGUGAUUUGCAUGACUAGUACUAGCUUGCCUAUUUAGUUCCAUAGGUUUCUAUUUCGCGCUUGAGGGUUCGUUGAACUUGCUAGAUGCAUUUCGUUUACUGUCUAACACCGGGCGCAAUGAUGACGAAUGUAUAACGCAAUCUACUACUUACAUUGUUAUGCGUAGGUAAGUACGGUAAAUGUAUCGAUGUCCACCGUCAUGGUUUUGUUGUUUAUUUUUUCCCACAGCCUUUUAAGGCAUUAUACCCAUUAUCUAUUAGUAACGAUAAUAUUCACAUUGAAGAGGUAUUAUUUUUUCCUCUCUUUGUUAAGCAUCUAGUUUAUGAGGAUUUUUUACAACCUAUCUCAAAUACUUGGGUAGGUUUUCCAUACAGGUUUUAUGCUGAUUUUAAGUAGGCAAAUACGUCAAAACGUCAUUUGCAGCAGAUCAUUUGUUUUAUCAGAAGAUUUUUAGGGAUUGGUAGACACAUAGAUCGCCUUUUUAUUAGAAAACGUAUUUUUAGAGUGUUAUUUUUUGUCUCUUUCUACCCGAAGUAGCCACAACAAAUUACCAUAAAUUUUGCGAAAAACUGGUAGUAUAGUAGUAAUACAUAUGUAGAGCAAAAUGUUUAUACCCGCACAUUAGUCACCAUGGCAAUGAUCAUAGCCGUAAGCCGAGGGCAAAACACGUUGCCAGUCGCAGGUAUGGCGCAUGGGCAUGGCCAUUGCGUUCAUGAAGU